AUGGCUUCAAAACAUAAACCAUUGACAAACUCGUUGAUAAAUGCCUCUGAUGAGAUACAUGAUUAUUCUUGUUCCGUAUGUAAAGAUAACAAUCUCAACAUAGAAGCCAAGUAUUUCUGUGGGGACUGCUCAAAAUAUUACUGUGACAAGUGUCUGAUAUUCCAUGCCAAAAUACACCAGCGCCAUGUUGUGUUGGGUCGGAAGUAUGUGGCCAAGUGGAUGGGACAUGGUGAUGCCCUGGUUACGUGCGACCUUCACCCUCCGAAGGUCUUGGAACUGCUGUGUGAGGAUCACGCUGAGCUCUGUUGUAGCCACUGUGUACCACUGAACCACAGGAUGUGCGGAAGCAUUAGCUUGAUAUCAGACCUGGCCAAGGGCAUACAUAAGAUGACUGACUUCAAGCAGCUUCCAGCCAAUGUUACCCAUGUAGGAGCCAGACUCAACCAGGUGAGCGAGGCCAGAAAGAAAAAUCAGAACUCCCUGAAAACCUCAGGCAGUUCAAUACUAACAAAGAUCAAGUCGCUGAGGUUUUCACUGAACAAGGUGCUUGAUGAGCUGAAAAAGAGGACAGUGGAACAAAUGGACAGUGUACUGGCUGACCUGAAUGAGUCACUACAGAAGGAUAUUGACCACUGCGAUCUCCUCCAGGACCAACUCAAGGCCUUACUGGACACUGUUGAAUACCAGGAAAAAGAGUUAAGCUCCUACAUUGGCUACAGGAAAUGCGAGGACAAGAUGGCCGAGGCCAGUGGACUUCUCCGGGAAAUGGACACCAAACAAGAGGUAACUAUCACUUUCCAGCCUGACACACGCACUCAAAAAUUGCUGUCUAACUUGAAGGCACUAGGACACAUCCAGGGGUAUCCUGAUCCGCAGUUUGAACAAUCAUCUGGACAUAUCAAACAGUACUAUAAUAAAUCGAAGGUUUUCAAGGUGAAAGAAAAGAAAAUAUAUUCAGUGAAUACAAAAAAAGACAAAGAGGAUUGUUUCAUUACUGGUAUGAUAGAACUUGCAGGAGGAGAGGUAGUUCUGGUAGACAGUAACAACUGCACAAUAAAGGUCCUUAACAGCAAAUACAAGGUGACAUCUUACUGUUAUCUCCCUGAGUAUCCACAAGACAUUUGCCUCAUCUCAGACAAUCAAGUAGCUGUAGCUGUUGACAAUGGGACUGACAGACAGGAGGUCCACUUUCUCACCGUGUCAGCUGACACCGUCAAGAUGACAAGGAAGUUCUCAGUUGACCAUUGGUGUAACGCAAUCAAGCACCAUGAGGGCCAGCUGUAUGUGGGCUCCCUCACUGCAUUGUACCUUUAUACAAUGGCAGGGAGGCUGGUACAAAAUGUAUACGAAGACACAUCUGCCGAAGUUACGUUGAACCCCUUUGACUUGAGCACAGAUGGCAUGAAGUUAUACUUACCAGCGUCCAGCCAGAAUAAGGUAAUUAUUAUUGACAAAGCAGGCAUCAUUCUGGACAUACUGCAUGACCGUGACUUUGAUUGGCCCAGCAGUGUACACGUGAGUGAGGGUGGACAUGUGUUUGUGUGUUUCAAUAGAUCCCAUACAGUCAUGCAGAUUGACCAGGAAGGCAGGAGGAAGCUGGCCACACUGGUCAGGGAGGGAGAUGGCAUCAACCAACCACAGGCAGUCUUGCACAGCUACCACUAUGGCAGGCUCAUCGUAGGGGGUGAUCAAAGUGACAUCCUGGUGAUUGAACUAAAGUAA